AUGUCAACACUAAUGUCAAAGUAUCCGUCACUAGAAUAUGACUGCCUCCUGCAGAUACAGAGAUGCAUUGAAAUAGGGCUAAGUUGUGUGGAGACUGAUCAGGAAAAAAGGCCUUCGGCUGGACAAAUAUUGGCGCAAAUGCUUUUUGUUGAAAGUUCGUAUGGGGUCGAUGACCAGGAAUCACAAAUCAGCACACUUCCCAGAAGCAGCACUGCAAACUUCAGGAAUUCUGGCAUUGAUUUGAGCAGGGUCUUGAAAAGAGCAACAUCAACCUCAUUAACCGCAUAUAUCUGCCGUGUGUUCACCUCUGCUAACAAAAGUCAGAUAGGAAUUCUGUCCUUUGAGGUUGCCAAAACAAUUCUCAAGGGCUCAGAUCUGAUGAAAACUCUCUCCAAAGAAAGCAUGAAGCAUCUGAAAGAGGUGGUGUUUAGUUAUGAAGGCAUCCGCAGUUUGAUUUCAGAAGAUUACAGUCAGUUGUUGGGUCUUGUUGAAACUGACAUAAGAGAAUAUUUGAGUAAAUUUUCUACAGAGGUUGCUCGCUUUGGAAAUCGGUGCCAAGAUCCUCAAUGGCAUAAUUUGGAUAGGUACUUCGAAAGCUUAGAGUCUCAACUGAUUCCUGGGGAAAACUUGAAAGAAAGAGUGUUUCGCCACAUUCACUAUCUGAUAAAGCCUGCGCAGCCCACUUCGGAACUGUAUCAAGAAAUGUUUGCACUGGACAAACUUUACAUGGAACUGGAAGAUCCAAUUAUGGGCGAAAAAUAUUUGGGUCAACCCAUACUACCCAAUGGGCCAUCGAGGCCAUAG